GGUGACCUGCCCAAGAAGGCGCGUUGUACACAAAUCUUAUUGCGCGUCUAUAUUAUAAUAGGUGCUCCGCCUCAUCAGCACGCGACGACACAACACGCCUUGCGUUUUCUUCUCUCGAAACUGUGUAUUUGCGUUUCUUUGCAUCAUAAGUACUUCAUAAUUAAUCCGAACACGUAGGCGGAAGUGGUCUUCGCAGUCAGUAUGACGGGCGUAUGAACCUGUGUCGUUAGGCGUCGCCAGGAUGUCGUGCUGCUUUGGUGGAGGUGCUCAGCCUCAUGAGACAAAAGAUUUCACGCGGCUGUCUGGCCCCAAGGGCGACGGCCGCUCCAGCGGGCCUGUGCCACUGACUCCUGCGUACAGCGAGCCCCAGCCUGCGCAGUUCCAGCCAGCAAAAGAGCUUGCUACGAGUAGUGUUAAGGGGCGGCUCUCGACGGCAUUUGCGCGUGUGAGCCUCGGCAAGGCCGAUGAGCCCAGCGCCCAGACCACCAACGGCGGCAGCAACGGCGCCCUCACCUCGCCGCGCGGGACGGGGGCGGGUGCCGCCAGCAAUGGUGGCCUGGCGCACGUGAAGGCGAUGGCGAGCGCCGGCGGCGGGGGCGGCAGCGGCGGCGGCAGCAGCUCCGUGCUGGUGCCGGGGGCCGCGGCUGGCGGGCCGCAGGCGCCGCAGGAGGCGCUGCUGUCGCUGCUGCCGGUGCUCACGUCGCUGGAUGGAGGCUGGUGGGACCAGAUCGAGCGCGCGGUGGUGGCCACGGCGCAGCACCUGUCUGCCACACACGCCUGCGUGUUCUUCAUCUCGGGCGACUCCACCUACGCCUCCCCAGUGGCCAUGGCCGGCCCGCCCGCGCCGCCGCUGGCUAUCGGCCUGCCGCUCACGCUGGCCACCGGCGCCAGCUCGGGGCCCGGCGACCGCAGCGCGGGCCGGGCGGCGGGCGGCGCGGGCGGCGGGCCCACGGCCAGCAGCGGCGUGACGCCGGCGGGGUCGGGGUCGGGGCCGUCGUGCGCGGCGGCGGCGCUGGUGGCGCAGCAGCUGGAGAAGGAGCCGGGCCGGCUGCUCAUGUUUGCGGACGCCGCACCCGUGUCCUCCAACGGCGGCGGCGUGGGCGGCGCGCUGGCGGCGGCGCUUAGCGUGGGCGGCGGCAAGGGUGGCGGCGGCGGCUACCGGCUGCCUGCGUCGUGUCCGCCGGAGUGGCAGGCGCUGGCGGCGGCGGUGGCUGGGCCGGGGCCGGGCGCGGGCGGCUGCCGGCACUUUGCGGCGGUGGCCAUCCCCAGCGGCCACCUGCCCAUCGGCGUGCUCAGCAUGGGCGCGGAGGGCCCGGGCAGGCCUGCCUCCUGGACGCCCGAGGCGCUGCACUCGGUGGCGGCGCUCAUGUCGGCGCCCGUGCGGGUGCCGCAGGUGGACCUGGCCUGCCGCGCGCUGGCGGAGAUCGCCAACGCCACCACCGUGCACCAGCUGGUGCGCAUCCUGCUGGGCGCCGCGGCGGAGCUGAUCCAGACCAUGACGCGCAUCGAGACGCAGACGCGCGUGGCGUUCGUGCACCAGGACGUGGAGGCGGCGGCGGUGUUCCAGUCCGCUGCCACAGACACCAUUGGGCCCGCGGUGCGGCGGCGGCUGAGCGAGGUGCUGCUGGUGGACCAGACGGCGCAGACCGGCGGCGGCGGCGGCGCGCGGUCGCAGGUGCAGGCGGGCCGCCGCAGCCUCAACGGCGCCGACGGCACCGCCGCGGGUCAGCCGCCCUCGCGCUCGCCCAGCCUGGUGGCCAACGCGACCAUUGCAGUGGAGGGCGCACGUGACAGCUUCGCGGACCGGCCCUCGCUGUUCGCGCGCGGCGGCGCCCCCGGCGAGGAGGUGGCUGUGUGCCGCGGGCUGUCGCUGCCGCUGAAGCACACGCUGCUGGUGGAGGCGAUGGCGCAGGCGGCGGGGCUGUGCAUCGCCGACUGCAACGCCUACGUGCAGGACUCCAAGGUGUACCCCCGCGACCUGGCGCUCACCCGCGGCGCCUCGCCGCCCCAGUCCCUGGCUCUGGCCACCGCGCAGCACGAGGGCAGGCCGCUCCUCGCGCUGUACGCCACCUACGGCUCCAUCCUGCCGCAGGCGCUGCUGCAGACCGUGGUGCAGGAGCUGGGCCAGCUGCUGCGGGCGCUGACGGUCAGCAUCGCGGCCAAGGUGACGGGGCCGCUGGCGGUGGAGUGGGGCUACCUCAAGCACCAGCUGUCGCUGUCGGUGAGGGGGCCAGAGGGGGGCGGGGCGGGGGCGGUGGAGUGGGGCUACCUCAAGCACCAGCUGUCGGACUCGGUGCGCAACCGCUCCCUGCGCUCCCUCAACUCCCUGAUCUCCACCAACACCAACGCCGCCGCUGCCGCGGCCAUCAACGGCGCCGCCGGCGCCGGCGACUCGCCCGCCGGCGCGCCCGCCGCCGCCGCCGCCGCCGCCGCCGCCGGCCCGGUGGGCGCCGCCGCCGACCCCGGCGACCUCUUCAACCUGCCCGGCAUGGACUCGCCCGCCGCCAGCGGGCCCAAACCCGGCGGCGGCGGCGGCGGCGGCGGCGGCACGCCGGGCGUGUCGCAGUACGGCGAGACGGUUGGCGCGGUUGCUGACGCGGGCGCGCUGGCCAGCGGCAGCAUGGGUCUGCGCGGCGGCGGCGCCGGCGGCGCGGGCCCCAGCGGCACGGGCGCGGGCGACGUCCGCAGCGGCCGCGACGGGCGGCUGAGCGGCCGCGCCAGCUUCAGCCUGGAGCCCAGCAACAGCCCGCGCGGCAGCUGCAAGCUGGCGCCGCUCAUCGCCACGCUGCACGAGCGGCUCAAGGCGGCGCAGGCCCUCCAGAUGGCCAACUGCCGCGCGGGCGCCCGGCUUCAGGACCUGGAGGCCAUUCGCAUCCUGGAGCAGAUCGGCAGGGGAGGCUAUGGGGUGGUGUACCGCGGGCUGUACCACGGCAGCGAGGUGGCGGUCAAGGUCAUCCAGGAGUCGGAGGUGACUGCGGACGGCCCGGGCGCCGCCGCGGCCGCCGGCGCCGACCCCGCCAACCCGCUGGCGCGCAUGAACAGCGUGGCGCUGGAGAACAAGCACCUGCACGACGCCAUAGAGCUGGUGGCCAGCGUGGGCAUGGGCGGCCACCCCAACAUCGUGCAGGUGCUCACCUUCUUCACCGACGCCUGCGUGCUGGUCGGCGACACGCCCAUCGAGGCGCUGGGCCGCCGCCUGUCCGGGCUGGACGGCGUGGCGGAGCUGAUGCGCCUCACCAAGCUGCCCAGCCACCGCCACCCCCUGGCCGGACUGCCGGGCUCGCGGUCGGGCGCGGGCGGGCCGGUGGAGGGCAUUGCGGAGGACGGCGUCACGGAGGAGGAGGCGGCGGCGGCGGCGGUGGCGGCGGCCAACGCGGUGCUGCCGCGCACGGGCGUGAUCGUGCUGGUGCAGGAGUUCUGCGACGCGGGCACGUUGAAGAACGCCAUCAACCAGCGGGCCUUCUUCGACCGCAGCACGGACGUGGUGGACGCCCGCGGUGUGCGCGGCCACCUGCAGCUCAACCUGCGGGCCGUGUACUCGACGCUUCUUGAGAUCUCCCUGGCUCUGCGCCACAUGCACGGGCUGCACAUGGUGCACUGCGACCUCAAGCCGCAGAACGUGCUGCUCAAGUCCAGCCCGCGCGACCCGCGCGGCUUCACAGCCAAGCUGUCCGACUUUGGUCUGGCCAAGAUGAUGGCGCACGACGAAAACGGCGAGCUGGUCAUUGACGAGGCUGUCGGCUCGGGCACGCUGACGCACAUGGCGCCCGAGAGCCUGGCGGGGCAGACGCAGCUCAACGCCAGCAUCGACCUGUACGCAUUCGGCAUCCUGAUGUGGCAGAUGGUGUGCGGCACUCGGCUGUACCAGGGCCUCACCACCAAGCAGAUCAUCCGCGGCGUGGUGCGCGAGCACCUGCGCCCCACCUUCCCCGUGUGGGUGCCGCCCGAGUACAGGCGCCUGGCGGAGCGCUGCUGGCACCCGGUGCCCUCGGAGCGCCCCACCGCCGACGCCGUGGUGGCGGAGCUGGAGGCCAUGGUGGACACACACGCCCGCUCGCUGGCGGGAGGGGGAGCCGGCGGAGGCGGCUCCGGCUGGCGCACCAGCGCCGCCGCGGCGGCGGGCGGCGGACCGGGCGGCGGCCCGGGCGGCCACGGCCACGCCGUGCAGCAGCGGCUGUCCAACCAGCCCGGCCGGCCGCAGGCGGGCAACACGGGCGCGGGCGCGGGGCCCAGCCUGCUGGUCAUCUAAGUGGGGCCUGGAGCGGGUGGCUGGAGCGGGUGGUGGGGGACGCGGGUGGCGGGUGACGCGGGUUUGAGCCGCCGCGCACCCACUCCCGCGCCACUGGCAGUUGGCGGUGUGACUGACUGGGGCCGCUGGGACGUCAGCAGCCGAGGGGGGCGCACAGGCCUGGGUGCAUGGGUGUAUGGACGAGCAGGGGCGGAGGCCUGCGGCAACGUGUCAGGGAGGGCCGCAGGCGCCGGGAUGUUUUGUGAGUCGGGAUGACUAAUGACGGGACGCGCUAAUGAUGGGGUGGGAGGACAUGCGCCAGAGAGCAUACAAGUUUACGGUCGUGUCCCACGGUCUUUGGUGAGCCAUUGGUCCAGCGAGGCAAGCAUUGUGAGGUACUGCUGUGCCGUGGUGCCCAGGGACGGGCGCAGCUCUGGAGGGAGUCGCCGUGUUGUCGUCGUUGCAAGGCCCUGAGCCCUGGAGCCCUGGGCACCAUAUAGAUACAACAUAUGGACUGCGAGGGACUGGGGGAGGGGGGGGUAGGCGUUGUGGUCGCCGUGUGUCGACGGCGUGAGCCCCUUUGGAACCAUAUUCAGUGCAUGGGGCAUGGUGCCGUAUGCGAUGUACUACUUCCCAUUUUAAUACGCGACAGCUCAGGAGGGAGCCAUUGUAUGUGCAUGUGUGUCAGGGCUGGCUGGCCUCUUCUCCUCUUCCACGAGACCACGACUGGUUUUGAGUAUUUGCGACGACUAGCGCCAAGGAGAGCGAGGAGGGGGUGGUGGGUGUGAGCUAGUUUGAACGUUUUGCGCAUGAUGAAUGUGGGGAGAGCACCAAUCAAUCAAUCAAGAGAGGGCAGUAUUGCAGUGCCCAAGAGCUCAAACGUGUGGUGUUGGUGGCGGCACGCAUGGAAAGGGCCGGUGGCCCAUGUGCAAUGGAGGGGACGUGGUCCGCAUGGCAUCUGUUCUGCGUGUGUGCGUGUGUGAAUACAUCUGCAUGGCUGGGUGGAUCGUGAGCGCGGCGGCGGAUGGGCAGUGGUAUGGGUCCGUAGGUAAUGACGGCCGCCUCAGCUGCAGGCCGGCCGUUCUCUUGACGGCAACUCCGAUGGCGAGAGGUUCUUUUGCCCUGUGCACCUCAACCUCAGCACACACGUGCCUGAGCGCAUACGCGCUGCAGCACGACGCACGUGUGUGUGUGUGUGUGUGUAUGUGUGUGCAUGUGUGUGCAUGUGUGUGGCUGUGUGUGUGUGGCUGUGUAUGUGUAUGUGUGCUACGAGGGAUGCGGUACCAUGUGUGUUUGUGGCAGGGCGGGGGUGCGGGGCACACGGCUGGUAGACGGGCGUGUCGGCUAAUAAUGUGCAUACGUCGGGGCUUGCGGCGCGUCGGCGCCAGCACGUGCCCUGCUAAGGAGUGCGGCUGGCUGGGUGCGGCACCGAGUUGCGGCAGCUGUGUUACCAGUUUCCUUAAAGCAUCUAGUUUCCUUAAAGCAUCUUCGAUAACUAGUGUGUGUGUGUGUGUGUGUGUGUGGUGUGUGUGUGGGGGGGGGGUUAAGUUCAUUCCAAUCCCAAAAUAAACCAUUGCCAACCCAGAACCCAUAAAGCGCGGAGGAGAGGAAUGUGCUCGGGUGGCUGCGGGCUCGGCCCUCUGCCCCAGAGCGCAUCACACAGACCGGCCCGGAGGGAAGCAUGGGACUGGGCAUCUAUCAUUCCGGGUGUACCACGUGCAUAGUGGACAGUGCCCCGUUGGUGUGAGGCCGGCAGCUUUACGAUGUUGUCAGACAUGGCGGGUCGGUGUACUGAGGUUGUCUGUGGUCGUGUGCUUCGGCGUCAUUUAUAUAGUUCAGCCGACCCUUGCCUCGAGGCUCAAGGACUGUCACUGUCCACCCGACCGGGGGCAUCUGAGGGGGGGCCAUCCGAGGCUCUCUCACACCUGCCGCGUUCCCAACUUACAUGUAACACUGUUUCAGC